GCACAAGCAUAAGCACAAGCAUAAGCACAAGCAUAAGCUAGUGAGGACAGUGCCGACAUAAGCAUAAGCGCAAGCAUAAGCACAAACACAAGAAAACCAACAUGUUCGUUUUUCUUAUGCUUAUGCUUGUCCUAGUGUCAAGUGAAAAUAGGAAAAACAUAAGCACAAGCACAAGCGAAGGUAUUAAACCAAUCACRGAACACUGGGUACCAACCCGGCUUACCGUGAGAAACAAAAUGGCGGACGAAGAGAGUGUUGUGCUCAUUGACGAAAAACUAGCAGAAACUGUACGUGGAUUUCCUAUCCUUUUUGAUAAAUCCUUGAAAGAUUUUAAAGAUCGAAACAAAAAGGAUCUUGCAUGGAGUGACGUUGCCACCUCGGUUGGGUUUGCUUCAGGGAAAGAUGCCGAAAAUGCAUUUAAGAACCUUCGUAAUCGUUACACGAGGGAUAAGAAGAAAUUACAGUGUGUAAAAGUGAGUGGCACAGACACAAAGACUGUCAACGAGGUCAAGAGCGAGACAAGUGACAUGUUCCCCUAUUUAGCCUGGUUGGACGAAUAUAUCAAGCCACGCCGUUCAUCAUCGAAUAUGGUUGCCUCCAUGUCUGAAGAUGGUAGCAACAUUGAUGAAGAAGAAGCUUCUGAUGAUAAGACUGAUCCUUCUUUGGACUCGGACUGCAGUGAACCUACAGUUAUUAAAUCCAAGACCACAGGGAGAACAAAAAACAUAAAAAGAUCAAAGAGGGAUGACUUUGAAAGUGCAGGUAUAGAACUAAUAAAGAGUAUUGGGAGUAAACUUGACCAAAGAAAGGAACCCGAGAAGGACAAAGAUGAAGAGACCAUUUUUWCAGAAUUGAUAGGAACUCAGCUGAAAAAGAUGCCUUUGCAUGACAGAUUAAUGGCUAAGAUGGAGAUAAACCAAACAAUGUACAAAUUCAUGAUGAAGAAUACAUCAGAUUACAGUUAUCCCAAUUUUGAGAGCCCCGUAGCAACAAUGCCAAAUCAAUUUGCACGACCUUUCCCUCCCAAUCAGCUUUGUCAACCAGUGACUGGAAUGGCUACAUCUGAUAACCAUCCUUCACCUGUCACUUCACCCCUGGGAACCUUCAGGAUGACAUCUACUCCUGAAACUCGGUUCCAGAAACCCACAAGGGUCAUGACUCCACCAAUCAAUGAAAUUCAGAAUGUCUUUUCAAGAGAGACUUCAGACAGUGAGACAAAUUUUGARCUAUAUCCUCGUGGAUAUUUCUUUGAAGAGCUUAGGCGUGACAAACAAAAAUAACAUUCUUUACUUAUCGUAUGCAAGAAAUAAUUAUGAUGAAAAGAUUGAUGAUGGAUCUUGUUGUACAAUGAUAAGGCUUGUUUUUAUUUAAAACUCGGCAAAUGUUAAUAUAUAUAUA